AUGGCAGAUCUUCCAGAAGGAGUCCUCCUCGGCUGUGGUAACCCCCUGCUCGACAUCCAAGCCGUCGUUGGCAAGGAUUUCCUCGACAAGUGGGGCCUCAAAGAAAACGAUGCCAUCCUCUGUGACGACAAGCAUAAUGCCAUGUUUGAUGAACUUGUCGAAAAGUUUGAAGUCGAAUACAUUCCUGGAGGUGCGACUCAAAAUGCCGUGCGUGUUUGCCAGUGGAUCCUCAACAAACCGAACCGUGCUGCAUUCUUCGGUGCAAUCGGCAACGACAAAUAUGGUGAUAUGUUGAGAUCCAAAACUAAAGAAGCCGGCGUCAGUGCUCAAUACCAGGUCCGUAAUCAGCG